AUGGCCAUCUUCUCAUCUCCUAAACACACAGGCCUUUGUAUAAAGUGGAUUUAUAGAACUGUACUGAUUGAUCAAUAUACCUCUAUCCUGACCAACAUCCAGGUAAUGAAGAUUGGUGUAGGGGUAUUGACAAGGGCUGGUCUGUCCAUUAUGCCAAUAGUUGUUCGCCUACACUGGUUUCCCUAUUGCCGAUCCCAUGUGCUCUCCCAUGCUUUCCGUCUAUACCAAGAUAUCAUCAAGCUAGUGUGUGCUGACAUCACCUUCAAUUGUCUCUACCCAGUUGUAGCUGUAUUUGCAAUGGUCUUGUUGGACUUUCUCAUCAUCUUUUUCUACUACAUUUUGAUUCUCAAGACUGUCAUGGGCAUUGCUUCUGGAGAAGAAAGGGUCAAGGCCCUCAACACAUGUGUCUCUCAUAUCUGCUGCAUCCUGGUCUUCUAUGUCACCAUAGUUGGUCUGACAUUUAUUCAUAGGUUUGGAAAGCACAUUCCUCAUGUGGUUCACAUCACAAUGAGCUACAUCCACUUCCUUUUCCCACCUUUUAUGAACCUGGUUAUCUAUAGCAUUAAAACUAAGCAGAUUCAGAGUGGUGUACUUCACUUAUUCUCCCUGUCUCACUCUAGAGCAUGA